GCGGCGGUGGUGGCGGCGGCGCAUGCGCGGUCAGAGGCAGCGAGCGGCGAUGGCGGCGAUGGCGGCGGCGGGCGCGAGGCCCCUGACGGUGCUGGGCACCAUGGAGAUGGGGCGUCGCGCGGGGCCCGAGGCCAGCGCGGCGAUGCUGCGGGCCUUCCUGGCGCGCGGCCUCCGCCUCCUCGACACCGCCUACAUCUACGCGGACGGCAGCUCCGAGCAAAUCUUGGGGACGCUGCUGGCCGCCGACGGCCCGCCGGUGGAAAUCGCCACCAAGGCGAACCCCUUGCAGGGGAACACGCUGAAGCCCGAGUGCUUGCGGUUGCAGCUGGAGACGUCUCUGGAGCGGCUGGGGAGGAAGAGCGUGGAGCUCUUCUACCUCCACCUCCCUGACCACGGGACCCCGGUGGAGGAGACGCUGCGGGCCUGCAAUGAGCUGCACAAAGAGGGCAAGUUCAAAGAGCUCGGUCUAUCAAACUACGCGGCGUGGGAGGUAGCAGAAAUCUGCACCAUCUGUAAACACAACAAGUGGGUGAUGCCAACUGUGUACCAGGGCAUGUACAAUGCAAUCACUCGCCAGGUGGAGACUGAGCUGUUUCCUUGCCUGAGAUACUACGGACUGCGGUUCUACGCCUACAAUCCACUGGCUGGAGGACUGCUGACAGGCAAGUACAAGUACGAGGACAAAGACACAAAACAGCCUGCUGGAAGGUUUUUUGGGAAUGACUGGGCUCAGAUCUACAGGGACAGAUACUGGAAAAAGUGCCAUUUUGAAGCAAUUGCCCUAGUAGAAAAAGCUCUAAAGGAUGCAUAUGGUUCCAAUCCACCAAGCCUGACCUCUGCUACUUUGCGUUGGAUAUACAAUCACUCCAAACUUCAGGGUUCCCUGGGAGAUGCGGUGAUCAUUGGCAUGUCCAACAUGGAGCAGCUGGAGCAGAACCUUGACGGCAGCGAGGAGGGUCCUCUGCUCCCGGCCGUGGUGGAAGCGUUUGAUAAAGCCUGGAACCUCACUGCACACGACUGCCCCAACUACUUCCGCUAGGGAUCGGGACAGGGAGAAGCAAGCGGGGGUCGAGGGGCUGGAUAAUCAGAUUCACCAGUCUCAAGCGCACCUUGUAAGUCUCCUGAAUGGGAGGUACUAAUCCGCCCUGCCCUUUGAGCCACACUAAUAUGUUGUGAUUUUCCUACGUGAAUGAAACUUGUAGGAUCAGCCUUACUACUUACACUAACGCUGUCGGCACUUGUUGUGCGGGCCGUGCCUUGUUCUUUCUCCCCUCGUGCACCUUCACUUCUGCACAAUGUUGCAUUAUGAUUUAAAGAUGCCGUUGAUAUGGGAAAGAGAUUGUGUAACUGGGUGAAGGGCACAGUUCUGCUUUCAGUUAUUAUGGUACCUUAAAUUUCAAAUAAUUAUCUAUGUAAACAAAUAAAUAUUUCUCUAGCAUA